AUGUUCAGCGAGCUCCCUGAUGACAUCCUGCUCGCUAUCCUCCAGCUGCUCGACCUGCGCACCGCCGUCAGGGUCGGCGCCGUCGCACGACGACUGAUGCGCCUCCCUCGUAUGCUCACCGAUCUCGUUAUCGACGUCGGCGACCUGAUACCACACUCCUGGGAUUUCUCUCCUCACACGGCGGAACAUGUCAUGGCGACGUACACCUACGCCGCGAGGUGGUUCCUAGCUCCCAGUAAGGAGCGGAGCAUCAAGAGCUUGCGCCUCGCUUUCCACCUCAAAGACCCUUACCUGCGGUCCAUCGGGGACGCCAUCAUCGAGUGUGGCGGCGCGGAGCGGCUGGAGUUCGCCAUACAGGCACAAUUGAACUUCAGGCCUAGGCAUGUGCACCAUGCCGUGUUUGCCCGACGGCUCAUGGCAUUCGUUGCCGCCUGCCCCGUCGCCUUCGGCUGGCUCACCAGCCUCACCCUCCAAAACAUCAGCUUCAACGACUCCGACAUUGCGGACCUCCUCAACGCCUGCAACCGGCUCGAGCUCCUUUCCUUGAUCCGUUGUAGCGGCUCCGACUUGGAGGGCCCCAACCUGCGGAUAGACGCUCCCAGCUCCUCGCUCCGGGCACUGGAGAUCCGCGAUUCCUUGUACCCAGGAAUCGAGCUGACCAGACUCCCGAAACUAGACCGGCUUUUCUGCGAUGACAGCUUCGAUCACUGGGCCGGGAACUUCUACGUGCGGUUUGGCGAUGUUCCUCGCCUGCACCACGUAAACCUCUCAUCGCUGCAUCUGUACUACUGCUAUGGGAAUCCAGGACAGCUCUUCCCCGCGUUCAGUAACCUGAGAGCUAUUCAUCUCUGCGACCUAGACAUCAAAAAAAUGGUCUGGACUCUUUGCGUCCUGAAAGGCGCUCCUUUGCUCGAGACACUCUCUCUCAAGAUACACGGGCCUCGCUGCUACGAGACCAAUGUGGUGGAAGAAGCACCAGAUUUUAAGCAUCAGAACCUGAGUCUGCUGGUGAUGAAAGGCUUAGCUGGACUUCAAACAGACUUUGAGGUGGUGCGAUACAUCUGGCUCGUCAUGGAGCGUGCCGUCUCUUUGAAGAAAAUCCACUUAGUUGAACAGUGCUGGUUUAUUGGAAAUUGCAGUGAUGUCAGAUGCUGCAGUCGGGACAAUGAGCAAGAAAUGAAUCUGUUAAGCAAGGUACUUGCUGACGCCGGUAGAGCACCUGAAAUAACCGUAGAAUCGAUGUCUGGUGACACUAGUUUGUGAGUUGUGACCUGAGUCCCUAGAUUGUGCAGUUGAGUUCGUGGUUGAUUCUGGGUGUAAUUCAUACAAGAAUAUUCAAUAAA